AUGGUGCGCCCUUAUUUUUUGUAUCUGCGUCUUGUCCUGUUGACCAUAUUUUUUACUGUCGUUGCUCUCGCCCUCGUGGCCAUUGCUGCCUCUGCUGCUUCUCAACCAGCCUAUGGAUAUGCUCCUCAGCCAAACUAUGAGGAAGCUCGCGAUGGUUACGAUACUCAGGGAUCUUUCUACGUUACCCUUCCCGACGGUCGUCUACAGAAGGUCGCCUUCACUGUCAACGCCGGCUCUGGUUACUUGGCCGAGGUCAGCUACGAGGGUGAGGCCCAGUACCCCGAGUACAAGCCUGCCUACAAACCAGCACCUAUCUACGCCUAA